AUAACAAUCUACUAAUCGUGCAGCAUCCUGUUCUUCUCACCUGUCGUCUCUUCUCGCUUUUUGCAUUCAUUGCUCAUCAAGCCUCAGGUUUCGACUCAAUUUCCUGCCAUAGCAUGCAACAUGGUGCUCGCCGCAACCCUCCCUGAGCAAGUGGCCCUGGAAAAGAUUUCUGAAGACUAUUAUGUCACCCUUUUUAAUCCGGACAAGAUGGGAAACGCAGCUAACAUUGCCUAUGGUGGAUGUACGGUUGGCGUAGGAGUAAAUGCGGCGCAUCAAACCAUCAAACCAGGAUAUCAUUGCUAUUCCAUCAUGGGCAACUACCUCGGACCCGCUCUCACGGAUCGGAAGCUUUUCUGCAAAGUUCGGCGAUACAGAGACACUCGGACUUUUGCAAGUCGGCAGGUCGAGGUCAGUCAGGAGCAAGACGAUGGAACCCACCGUCCGUGUCUCAUCCUUUUGGCUGAGUUCCAAGUCCAAGAGCCCGCCAUUCUGUUUACUUAUUCCGCGCCGUCUGCUUCCAAAUAUGCUCCUGCCGAGGAAUGUCCCACCAGAGAUGAGGUCGCGAAUGGACUAGUGAAAGAAGGAAAAGUAUCGCAGAAGAUGGUCGACGUAUUCAAUACAGUGUUCGGACUCAUGGCACGCUUUUGGGAGUGCAGAUCCCCCCCUGGCAAUGUCAUGUCGCAGAACUUAUACGGGAUGGCGAAGCAUCUGAAGACGACACAAGACCACCUGCCUAUCACUUCGAAAACAUCAGCCGAAUGGGUGCGGAGCAAGUCGAUUUUGACGACCGCAGCAGAAAACGUGUCGGCACUCUCUUUCUACAUGGACGGGGCCUUAUCAUUCCUCCCACUUUCAUUCAGUAACUUGUUUUUGCAAGAUGCCGCCGCAUGUUCGACGCUUGAUUUUGCUCUACGCCUCUUUUCGAACAAGAUUGAUAUGAAUCAAUGGCAUAUCAAAGAGCUGAGAACGAUUAAUGGAGGGGAAGGGAGGACAUACGAUGAGGCACAGAUAUGGGAUCAACAGGGGGAAAUGAUUGCUUCUAUGACACAGCAAUGCAUUAUGCGACCACAUAAACCAAAAGCAGUCAAAGCGGCGCUUUGAUUGAGCUGGGAGUGGGUAGAUAGCGAACGACAAUGGGAGCGAGCGUAUGAUCUGAGAUCAGUUCGAACAUCUGUAGCACCUCGAAAUGUCAAAAUCGAACUCUUUCAAUUGGUAGUUGCUGUAACCGAUCAUCUGUUGA